UUUUCAGUGAUUUUUAUUUUUUAGGUUUGAAUUUCGCGCGAAUUCUAAAAUCAGCGCUUAGUUAAAAUUUUUAUUUUUUUAUUUACAACUUUUAUUGACAGCUAUGGAGAUCAAAAAUGUGUCAAGAAGAGAUGGGAAAGAAACUUUUAAAGCUGCAAACCCAAAUUUGAUUAAAAAAAUACAUAAUUUAAGAAACACGGUGUCUUCCUUGGAGACAAACUUCCAAGCUGCAAAUCAUUGGGAUAAAUUACAGCUGUCAAGGUUCAAGAAUAUUGAACUUUCUAAAGAGAGAUUGGAGGAAGAUUUAAAAGAAUCGGAAAAACGAAACUCUAAUAUGCUUAAUUUAUUCCGGUACAAUGCGGACUUGCCGCAGGGCUUGAAAACUCAAGUUGAAAAAAAAUGGAAUCAAAAAUAUGACGCAUUGUUGAAAUUAAAUGACCAUUUAAAAAGACAAAUACGAGAAAAAGAUUCGCUUUUGCAGAACAAAGAUGACCAGAUUGCUGUAUUGCAACAAAAACUCCUUGAUAUUGGAGAAAAAUUAAGCGAACGCGAAGAACUGAUAAAAACCAUCAGCAAUAAAUACAUAAAGCUCAAAAAGCGUAAAACUGUUCAAGAGACUCUCUUCAAGGAAUCCAUCGAAACUCUUUUACGUGACGCUCUAUUAGAAGAAAAUCAUAAUAAUACGCCAACUACGUCGCGAAUGUCUUUGAAACCAACCAAAGAAGCUCUGUUGGCUUACGAAACUAAAAGAAGCAAUCGAUUGUCUCGGGAAAAUUAUCUUCUGCGUACUAUUUUGCAAAAAAUAAAGGUCAACUGUCAUUGUCAUGAAAAUUCUGAUUCUAGUGCCAGCGAUUCGCUUGGAGCAAACAAUUGAACACUUUGAUUAUCAAUUUUAUCCAAUUAAACAUAGUUAUAUCUUU